AUGCGAAUCGCGGCAACAUUCCCUUUGCGCAAGCUCGCGCGCCCAUCGAUGCUCCUUGUCCAACCCAUCCACAGACGAAACCUCUCUACAGCACCGCGGAAGACAGUAGCCCAAUUCCUAGAGUGGAAGCCCGAAACCGAAGUCAAGGAUGUUGUCGUCAGUGGAUAUGUUCGAUCUGUUCGCAACAUGAAGACGGAUCGAUUCGUCAAUAUUGGCGAUGGUUCUUCGCGGUCACCCAUCCAGGCAUUGGUGUCGAGGAGCGACGACGAAAGCGCAAACCUGCGAGUUGGUGCUGCAGUCCGUCUACGAGGUGUCUGGACUCCCUCCAAAACAGACGGUCAAAGUCACGAGUUGAGGGUCGAUCAUGUCGAGAUCCUAGGCCCCUCUGACGCAAAGACGUUCCCGAUCCAGAAGAAGUACCAAACGCCUGAGUACCUUCGCACCAUGCCCCAUCUCCGAACCAGGAUACCACUGAAUGCCGCAAUCUUACGAUUGAGAUCAGAAGCCGUCGCUUUGUUGACUCGGUUCUUCGCCUCUCGAGACUUCACCCAAACUCAUCCGCCCAUCAUUACAUCUUCAGAUUGCGAAGGGGCAGGCGAGGUCUUCAACGUUGCUACGGGCUCGGCCGAGACACCCGCAAUCUCAAAUACCGGAAAGGACAAGCCAGCAAACAUGUUCUUUCGCUCACCCAAGUACCUGACGGUGUCUACUCAGCUUCAUCUUGAGGCGUUAGCCCAGUCCCUGGGGCACGUAUGGACAUUAUCGCCAACCUUUCGAGCUGAGCGGAGCGACACCUCGAGACACAUGAGCGAGUUCUACAUGCUGGAGGCGGAGAUGAGCUUCGUCGAUGAGCUGGACGAAGUCACUAACCUCGUAGAAGACAUGCUCCGCAGUUUGGCCACUGGCUUAUAUCAGACUCGAGCUGCGCAAGAACUGCGCCAACGACGAGCACCUGGGGAGAAACGAACAGCAGAAGAUGACCUUGUCCCAAUUGACGAAGUGGAGCGUCGUUGGAAGGGCAUGAUGCAGAACCCAGCUUCCAGAUGGCCACGCAUCACGUACGCCGACGCAAUCAAAUUGCUCCAGACAGAAGAGCAUCAGUUCGAGAUCAAGCCUACAUGGGAAGGCGGCCUGCAUUCUGAGCAUGAAAAGUUCCUCGCCAAGACUCUUGGUGCAACCAGCGACUCCUCUGCCUAUUCUCCCGUCUUCGUUACCCACUACCCUCAGGCGAUCAAAGCAUUCUACAUGAGGAAAUCAGAUACCGCAACUUCCGGCCAUGAUCUACCGGGUGACACAGUCGACUGCUUUGAUCUUCUGGUCCCCGAUUUGUGCGAGAUUGCUGGCGGCUCGAUGCGUGAGCAUCGCUUGAUGGACUUGUUGGAGACCAUGAAGGCUCGCGGCAUGGGCUCUCCCGCUGAUGGCGGACGCGAUAGCGAUCUUGAGUGGUAUGUUGACCUCCGUCGUUGGGGAUCCAAUCCACACGGCGGGUUUGGCCUGGGCUUCGAUAGAUUGCUGAGUUAUCUUGUGGGAGUUCCUAAUGUGAGGGACGUUGUGGCCUUUCCACGCUGGUUUGGCCGCUGCGACUGCUAA